AUGUCAUUUCUAAAGAUUACAGAUCCCGUGAAAAGGGAUUUAAUCGUAAAAGAGUUUCUCGAGCUGAAAAAGAGGCUCCAAAACAGAGAGAUAGAGAGACGGACUGGUGAACGAGAGUUACAAACAGAUCUCAGUAAAAUAUUCAAACCCAUAACGGACGUACAAAAAAGUACGGCAGAAGACAUAAGGUCUGAUAUUAGACCCAUCAAAGAAAACAUAUCGGAAUUGAAGAAAAUCACAUUUCCAGCGUUUCCAUCUAUAGAGGGGUUUCAACAACAAAAUGAAGAUACUGAUACGCAGUUUAUCGGACCAAUCGCGCAAGAAUAUUUAAGGAAGUUCGCUUCCAAAUCCGAGGCUGAUAGAACGUACGGGCUAUACGAUAAGAACGGCAAUUUUUAUAUAGGCAAUAAGCCCGUCGCCUUUGUAGAUGAUAACAUAGUAGUGGAUGGUGAAGAGUACCAAGGAACACCGGGAUUGUGGGAACUCAUCGUAACCAAGAAUCCAGACGAUCAAAUAUACACCGACCAGGACUACGAAAAUUACGCGAAGAUGAUGAUUGAAUCGAACGCUCUCAAAAAAGGCAACGAUCCAGAGAGUAACAGACCAAAGGCCAGCAAGGGGUUGAAAUGGAAGAAUGUGCUUAGAACCAUUUGGACUAAUAGGGAUUAUUACGAAGGGAGCGGCACAUCUGUUGUCAUUCCUAGCGAUCCUAAUGCAUUGCUCGAAAGACUAGACCUGCUGAUGGCAAGCAAGGCAGCGGGUAACACAGGCGUUCGGAACGAGCUUGUAUCGAUUUGCGAUGAACUAAAAAGACAAAAGAUGCUGGACGUCAAUGCAUAUAAAAAAUAA